AUGUGGCUCUUGGAGAAAGCUGGCUACAGGGUAGGGGCCGCGGAGCCCAGGGCCGGGUGGGCGCCCUCCAGUUUGUUUCCUAAGCGCCGCACCCCGUGCCCGCUGGCUCGCCCCUGCCCCAACGUCCUCACCCCGGAUCGCAUCCCGCAGUUCUGCAUCCCGCCUCGGCUGCGGGACCCAGGCGGCGCGCAGCCCCACAGCAGCGGGCUCGGCCUCCCCGCGACCUGUUCACUGCCACACCUGGCGGGGCGCGAAGGCUGGGCCUUCCUGCCCGAGAGCCCGCACACGCGCCGGCGCGAGUCCCUGUUCCACCGGCCACCGCCCACCCCCGCCGGCGGGCUGCCCCCCGCGCCGUCCCGGCUGCACGUCUCCGCCCCGGACCUGCGCCUCUGCCGGGCCCCCGACAGCGACACGGCCUCGUCGCCGGAUUCGUCGCCCUUCGGCUCGCCGCGGCCAGGCCCCGACCGGCCUCGGCCGCCCCGGCCGCGCUCGCUGUCCCGGGUGCAGGCGGGCUCGGCCGACACCAGCCCGUACGCCUCGCGCCGCGCAGGACCGCCCACGCCGCCCCUCUUCCACCUCGAUUUCUUGUGUUGCCAACUGCGGCCGACCCAGGAGAGCGUGCUGCACCUCGAGCCCCGGGGAGGGCAGCUGCGGCUCUCCGCCGAGUACCCGGCCGGGCCCGGGAGGCUGCGGCUGCGCCUGGUGAGCGUCGAGGGCCUGCCGCGGUCUCGGGCCGGCCCCGGGAGCGGCGGCGGCGGCUGCUGCGUGGUGCUGGGGCUGCGGCCGCGCGUCCGGCCGCGGGGCCAGCGGAGCCGAGUGGUCAAAUGCAGCACCAACCCCAUCUUCAACGAGGACUUUUUCUUCGAUGGGCUCGGACCGCCGGACCUGGCCGCCCACAGUCUGAGGGCCAAGGUGCUGGACAGGGGCGCAGGAUUCCGCAGGGACGUGCUGCUGGGGGAGUGUGAGAAGCCCCUGAUUGCCCUGCUGCCGCCCUUGGGUGGUGGGCUAGGUCCCGGGGCCUCCCUGGUGCCUGCCCAUCUCAGCCUGUAG